CAGAGAGCAGCAGGCCUAGCUGAUAAGAAGCAAGCCGGCGUGGCAUGUUCGUGAACCGUGACGGCAACCAAAGCGGAGCGACCGGCAAUUUUGUGAAGCCACCGUGGGUAGAUUCCGCCUGCGUAUACCAAUUUCAGGAAGGCGACCCAGUCAUGGACGUGGAAGCGCACAAGGACUCGCCUCAGACUCAGACCCGUGGCAAGCUGAGGCGCCGCCUUCUGGUGGCGCUCAACUGCGGGAUGCUGGCACUGGGCACCACGGCGGGGCCGCUCCUCACCCGCCUCUACUACGACAAGGGCGGCGACCGGGAGUGGCUCUCGGCGUGGCUCCAGUCCGCCGGCUGGCCGCUGCUGCUGGUCCCCGUGGCGGCUUCCUACACCGCCCGCCGCGCGCGCGACCGGGCCGCCCCGGUCCUUCUCACCCCGCCGCGCGUCCUGCUAGCCGCCGCGGCGCUCGGCCUCGCCACGGGCGCCGACAACUUCAUCUACGCGUACAGCCUCCGGUACCUGCCGGUGUCCACCUCCGCGAUCCUCAUCUCGACGCAGCUCGCGUUCACGGUGUUCUUCGCGCUCCUCAUCGUGCGCCAGCGGCUGACGGCGGCGACCGUGAACGCCGUGGCGCUGCUGACGGCGGGCGCCGCCGUGCUGGGCCUACACGUCUCGUCCGACCGCCCCGCGGGGGCCACGAAGGCGCAGUACCUGAUGGGCUUCGCCCUCGCCCUCGGCGCCGCGGCGCUGUACGGGCUCAUCCUGCCGCUGGUCGAGCUCGCGUACAGGCGCGCCGCGGGGGGAGGCGGCCGCGCCGUGACGUACGCGCUGGUGAUGGAGAUGCAGCUGGUGAUGGGGUUCUUCGCCACCGCGUUCUGCACCGUCGGCAUGGUCGUCAACAAGGACUUCCAGGUGCGUGCCCAUGCCAUGCGUCGCACACUUGCCAUUGCCAAUUCCAGUUCUCUCUGUAGUCUAUACAGUAGAUUCAGCACGUGCUAUGAAAUGAAUCGAUCCGAUCGUCCGGGCCUGCAAAACUCCUCCCACCCGUUUUGCAAGUGGGCUUCUUUCGGGCAAAAAAGCUUUGCUGGGCCGAAAGGGUGGCAUCCCGGGCUUUCUUUGCUGCAGCAUUGCGUGCGAUGAUGAAUCUCUGAGGUUCCUUUCCUAUUCCUGAGGCCCAGCCGUUGUUUGACUUUUUCCACCCGUCGCUGCUUCCUUUUUUUUUUUGAAAUAACUGUCGCUGCUUCUGCCUGCCGACUGCUGUGGUCAGCAGCAGAACUGCUCAAUAAUUGCUGGCCAGGUCAAGUUUAGUUUCUGGUUGGCUGCUGGCCUGCUGUUCACAAUAGAGCCCUAGAGAUCGCGUCAUUCCUGCACUGCAUUGGCUAUGGUUGUGAGCCAUGCACGUG